AUAACUUCGUAACGUCACCCGAUAUUUCAUCUCCAAGAAUUCUCGUCCUUCGAUCGACGAGGAUCGGAACCAAGAAGAAGAAUCGUGUACACCCCCCUGCCUGGUGCAGAGGAACAAGUGCUGCGGUGCUUUUGGAGGGCAAGGAUAAGAUCAUACCUCGUUGGGAGAAGGGGCUCCUCGUCCUGCUAAAGACCAAGAAGAAGGAGCUCACAAAUGACGGAGCUACUACGGAGGCGGAGCCGCCCCGCAAAGCGUCGAUGACCCAGAUGUCAACAUGUCUCAAGAUAGGGUGCCCAUGCCGACAUCUUUUCCCGUCUCGAGCUCCUCGUAUCAAAUUGAAGGACUGA